AUGGAAGCACACGGCCGCUCUGAAACAUGCCCCUCCGAGGCCUCCGGCAUCUCUGCCGCCGCGUCUGAAGGACCUCCUGACCAUGAAAGCAAAGAAGGCCACGAGAAGAAGAUGAUGAAAAUGAAAGAAAAGGUUGUUAAAGGGUCGUCAGAAGUAGUAGAUGAUCAGUCACGGCGUGUCUUGCUCGAUUUGAAGCUUUCCAACGAUGAUUCCAACCGUGCCGGCACAUCAAACAUGGAGCUCAAUCUUUUCAACAACUCCAUCAAUGCAGAUAAUAACUCUCGUGAUCAGAAGAGGUCAGAUCAGCCUAGGGUUUUUUCAUGCAACUUCUGCAAGAGAGAGUUCUCCACGUCUCAAGCACUUGGGGGGCACCAAAACGCACACAAACAAGAGCGUGCGUUGGCUAAACGACGUCAAGGGAUGGAUGUGGAUGCUUUUCAACACCCAAACUUUCCUUACUAUCAUCCCUAUUCAAGCAUCUCCACCCACUCUCUCUACGGAUCUUUCAACAGAUCUCUUGGGGUUCGGAUGGAGUCCAUGGUUCACAAGCCUUCGAGCUACCCGUGGCGUUUCGGCGGCCACGGCGGGUGGUCGAGGCAGACGAUAAUGAGCCCGCAAUCGUCGGUCGAUAGGCUAAGGUCGGAAAGUUUUCAGGCACAUAAUAUUAGUGGUGUGUUAGGAAGUACUUCUUCAAGAUUGAUUCAGGAAAGUGGUGCAGUACUUCGAAAUCUUGGCGGAUCUUCUGCUAAAAUCAUGGCUGAAAUCCGGCCAAGUAGUAGUAGUAGUGAUUACCUCCGGCGAGAGGAGCCUCCGGAAAGUGAUCAUUGUGCCAAUGCUCCGGCGGCUGGACUUGAUUUGUCAUUAAAGCUUUAG